AUGGCGCACAGGGUCCUGGAGCUGACGCUCGUCUCGGCGAGCAACCUGCCGAGCGUGAACCUGUUCAGCGGCAUGGAGGUGUACGCAGUGGCGUCCGUCUACGGCGAGCCUCGCACGUGCCAGCGGACACUCACCGACCGCGACGGCGAGACUGACCCGGCCUGGAACCACACGGUCUGGUUCGCCGUUUCGCCCACUGCCGCCGCGGCUGGGCGCGCCUACCUCCACGUGCUCCUCCGCACCGAGCGCUACUUCGGCGGCUCGUUCGGCCUUGACGACCGCGAUGUCGGCGAGGUGUUCAUCCCCGUCGCCGACCUGCUCGCGGGCGCCUGCGCCGCCGGAGGAGGCACCCCGUGGCGAUGCGCGUCGUACCUGGUCCGGAAGACGCAGAGCAGCAGGCACCGCGGCACGCUCAGCAUUGCGUACCGCCUCGGCCCCGUGGUGGUGCUGCCGCCGCCCCCCUCGGAACCCGAUUGCCAGGCGGUCAUGCCGCCGUGCCGGCCGGCACGGAGGAAUUUCACCUGGAACGGUCGCUUCGCGCUGGGGCUGGGCCCAGGGCUGCUCGGCGGAGGCUUCGCGGGCACGGCGGCAUAUAGAUCCGGAGGCCGCGUCGUCGCAGGCUCGGAGGGUUGGCCUUCUAAAAUAUUUACAUAA